ACAGAGCUCAAUAAUGUGAAGAAUAUAUUACGAAUGCCAAAAAGCACAAAGAAGCAUGCUGUUGGGAUUUAUUUUAAUGAUGACACAUCAAAAACCUUUGCUUGCGAGUCAGAACUUGAGGCAGAUGAGUGGUGCAAGGUGCUGCAGAUGGAGUGUCUUGGAACGCGAAUUAAUGACAUUAGCCUUGGUGAGCCUGACUUGUUGGCAUCUGGAGUAGAGAGGGAGCAGAGCGAGAGAUUCAAUGUGUAUUUGAUGCCAUCCCCUAAUUUAGAUGUGCAUGGGGAAUGUACCUUGCAGAUAACAUUUGAGAAUAUCUGUCUUUGGGACAUCCAGAAUCCCAGAGUAAAACUCGUCUCUUGGCCAUUAAGUGCCCUCCGACGCUACGGGCGGGACCCGUCUUGGUUCACAUUUGAAGCAGGGAGGAUGUGUGACACAGGAGAAGGACUAUUCAUCUUUCAGACCAGAGAUGGGGAAGCAAUCUAUCAGAAAGUUCACUCGGCUGCUUUGGCUAUAGCAGAACAACAUGAGCGCUUGUUGCAAAGUGUGAAAAAUUCAAUGCUUCAGAUGAAAAUGAGCGAGCGAGCCGUGUCCCUCAGCACCAUGGUGCCCUUGCCCCGCAGUGCCUACUGGCAGCACAUCACGCGACAGCACAGCACUGGCCAGCUCUACGGUCUGCAAGAUGUUUCUAGCCCAGUGAAGCUUCAUCGCACAGACACUUUUCCAACCUACAGGUCAGAUCAUCGAUAA